AUGAAGUUCGUUGCCCUUGUGUCUGGUGGGAAAGACUCCUGUUUCAAUGUGCUGCAUUGUUUGAAGCAGGGACAUGUUUUAGUUGCUUUCGCCAAUCUUCAUCCCGCUGAUGAGACUAAACAAGAGCUGGAUAGCUAUAUGUUUCAGACGGUAGGCCAUGAUGUCGUUUCGCACUAUGAUAGAUGUGCUGGCAUUCCUCUCUUUAGGCAAGAGAUAACGCAUGGGAGCUCGAGAAACUUAGAAAUGAAUUACACGCCCACAAGGAAAGACGAGAUCGAAGAUCUGCACUUCUUACUGGCCAAGAUCAAGAAAGAAAUCCCAGAAGUGGAAGCUGUUAGCGUCGGAGCCAUCUUAUCGUCUUAUCAACGAACAAGAGUUGAGGACGUAUGUAGAAGGCUUGACUUGACGGUAUUAUCGUACUUAUGGCAGAGGGACCAGCUUGAACUGAUGAGCGAGAUGUGCUCGAUGUCUAAGGCUACUGAUACCGGAGCUUCUGACGGUUUGAAUAUGGAUGCUCGAAUAAUCAAAGUUGCCGCGGUAGGUCUCGAUCAGUCUCAUCUGAACAUGUCUCUUCCGCAGAUUUUCCCUAUCAUGAAGAGGUUGAACCGUAUGUAUGAGGUUCACAUAUGUGGGGAAGGUGGCGAGUUUGAAACUAUGGUCCUGGAUGCACCAUUUUUUGUGAAUGGUAGUUUAGAGCUGGUAAGCCAAACGGUAAAUAAUUCUGACGAGAGUAACGGUGUUUAUAGCACACAGUUCGAAGUCGUUUUCAAACCAAAGAACACGAGUCCUGACAUGAAGGAAGCACUGCGAAAGCUACCAGUCCCACCUCUACUUGAUGAUAAAUGGGCCUUUCUUCUCGCUAUGAUGAAAAAUUUCGAGAACAAAGAGGUCAGAGAGCAGAGAAACUUGGAUACUCCUGAGGACUCCUUGGCUAAUCCAGAAAUCUCAAUUGUUCAAGCCCAAGGGUUACUUUAUAUUUCAAAUCUUAAAGGAAACUCCGCGCUGGCCUCUGUGGAAGAACAAACUCAACAAGUUUUGGAUCAAUUAGAUUCAAUCAUGAAUAAAAUGGGAGUGGAACCUAGCAGAGCCAUGAGCUGCUCCUUAGUUCUCCAAUCCAUGUCUGAUUUUUCCGCUGUCAAUUCCAUAUACAACCGCUUCUUUGACAUAUCACGCCACGGUCCUUUACCGCCUUCAAGAGCCUGUGUAGAGUCAAAGUCCUUAGGGAAGAAUUGCCUACUGCAGCUCUCUAUCGUGUUCGAUAUGGCCGGCUCCGUCAAGAGAUUGGCCAAUGACAUCAUCAUCUGCCCCAAUAAAAAUGGGCUACAUGUGCAAGGGCGCUCUUAUUGGGCGCCAUGCAAUAUCGGACCUUAUUCUCAAGCAAUUUGGCUGAACUCAGAUAAAAACAGGAUAUCCUUCCUAAGUGGUCAAAUUCCGCUGAUUCCCAGUUCUAUGGAAAUGAUAAGCAGAGAGCCCGUCUUGCAAGGUGUUCUGUCUCUUCGUCAUUUUGAUACAAUAAAAACCACAAUAGAUGCCAAGAAGCAGCUUUUCAUGACAUGCUUUGUCACCAGCGACCUUAUGGUUCCGAUCGUCAGCCAAAUCUGGUCUUUAUACUGUGGUGGGAUGCAGUACGAAUCCGAACUAUGGAUGGAUAAAGAAGACGAUCCUGUAAGGAGUCUAAUAAUUGUGAAGAUCUCUGGCCUGCCGCGCAAUGCCCUAUGCGAGUGGAGUGGAGUGGCCUGUCGAGAGCUUUCAGUUGUAGAUCCUGUCGAAGAUGAAGACAUCCAGGACCUCAAGUCUAUAUCCCAUGUAAAGGUGCAAGCGAAGGGUUCCUGCGUCGUCAGCACGGUCGAGGUCACAAACGGACAAGCUCAGAUACAGUUUACGACCGGAUUCGCUGAUUGUCUUGAGGAUUUGAAGAUUUUCAUGAACUCCAUAAACUCCCGGUACAAGGCCACGCUUUAUUUUAAUCCAAGUGACACACAAGAUUUUCCUGCAAUUGCCAACACCGAAUUUCUUCCUGUCGAAAGGAUCUUUGACUGUAAUGGAACAGCACACAAGUUUGGAUUUCAUUUGACAGUAUAA